UUGUGGUAUUGAAAACUCAAUUUUUCCAAAAGAAAAAUAAGUAAAUUUUAAUAUAUAUAUAUUUUUUCCUUAAAUUAGUCAAAUUUUGUGGUAGCUGUUCCAUGUGAGAGACAAGAGAGAGAAACAUUGUCCUUUUGAGAUUGUUGUAUCCAUCAAAGUAUAGAGAGUUCUUUGACUUUACAAAGUGAUGAUUAAGAAAUAGCUUUAGUUUAUUUGUGAUCUUCAUAAUUGGAACACUUCAAAGCUUUGAAGAUUUUGAGUUUGAUUUCAAAUUCAAAAGCUGAAAUUUAUAAUGAGUGUUCCUGUGACAUCGUCAGACGAAGUCACCGAGAAGAUGGAAAAAGAAGAAAAUAUAAACCAUGGUGAUGAUGUGCUUGAUAUAGAAAACGAAGGUAGCUUUGAUGGCAACGGCGAAGAAAUUGGAAGAUAUUGGUCACAGUUUUCUGAAAGGAACAUGACAUAUGAAGAACCUCUUCUUGUGAAGAGGAUUAAUACUACCUCUCAGAUUGCCAUAGUUGGUUCCAACCUUUGCCCUAUCGAAAGUCUCGAUUAUGAGAUUUUUGAUAGUGAAACAUUUAACCAGGACUGGAGGUCCAGGAAGAAGGUUCAGAUAUUCCAAUACGUCUUACUUAAAUGGGUAUUUGCUCUUCUUAUUGGAUUAGGAACCGGAUUGGUUGGUCUUUUCAACAACGUUGCUGUCGAGAACAUAGCCGGUUUCAAGCUUCUUCUUACAACUAAUCUCAUGUCUAAACAUAGAUAUUUUGAGGCGUUUCUAGUAUAUGCCGGUUUGAAUAUGAGUUUAGCAGCAGCGGCUGCAGCUCUCUGUGCUUUCAUUGCUCCGUCGGCAGCAGGCUCUGGCAUUCCGGAGGUUAAAGCGUAUCUCAACGGCAUCGAUGCUCACUCGAUUCUGGCUCCAUCCACUCUUUUUGUAAAGAUUGUCGGUUCCAUCUUCGGAGUAUCGGCUGGAUUUGUGGUGGGAAAAGAAGGACCUAUGGUUCAUACAGGAGCAUGCAUAGCUUCUAUUUUGGGGCAGGGAGGAUCUCGAAAGUACGGUUUGAGUUGGAGUUGGCUAAGGUAUUUCAAAAAUGACCGAGACCGGCGAGACAUGAUUACUUGUGGUGCAGCUGCUGGUGUUGCCGCCGCCUUUCGAUCUCCGGUAGGUGGUGUACUCUUUGCCCUUGAAGAGGCAGCUUCUUGGUGGAGGAGUGCUCUUCUAUGGAGGUCAUUUUUUACUACAGCAGUAGUUGCUAUUGUUUUACGAGGCGGAAUUCAAUUUUGUUCGACCGGGAAAUGUGGACUAUUUGGCGAAGGCGGUCUUAUAUUGUAUGAUGUCAGUUCAGCAAAAGUAACAUAUAAUGGUGGUGACAUUUUAGCAGUUAUAGUCUUGGCGACUAUUGCUGGUAUUCUUGGAAGCAUUUAUAAUUUCCUCGUCGACAAGGUCGUACGUUCAUAUAGCAUCAUCAACGAAAAGGGUCCAUUUUUCAAAAUCGGUCUUGCAAUUACAGUUUCUCUUUUGACAUCAUGUUGUUAUUAUUUCCUACCAUGGAUUGCAAACUGUCUCCCCUGUCCUACCGAAGGGGCGUUGACCUGUCCCUCGAUUGACGAGUCGGGAGAAUACAAAAUCUUCCAAUGUCCACCGGGCUACUACAACGAUCUCGCUUCCCUCUUUCUAAACACCAAUGAUGAUGCUAUUCGUAAUCUAUUCAGUCCUAAGAUAAACAAAGAGUUUCACAUUUCAAGUUUGUUUAUCUUCUUUGCAGCUGUUUACUUUCUUGGUAUAAUCACCUACGGUAUCGCUGUCCCGUCUGGACUUUUCAUUCCUGUGAUACUUGCUGGUGCUGCGUACGGCCGUGUUAUCAGUAGACUCUUCGAACCAAUCACCAAACUCGACCGAGGACUCUUUUCUCUCUUAGGAGCCGCCUCUUUCCUCGGUGGCACAAUGAGAAUGACGGUAUCGAUUUGUGUUAUAUUACUCGAACUCACUAAUGAUCUCUUGUUACUUCCACUUGUGAUGUUGGCAUUAUUAAUCUCGAAAUCAGUGGCCGACAUUUUCAACAAAGGUGUCUAUGAUCAAAUAUUGAAGAUCAAAGGACUUCCUUAUUUGGAAGCGCACGCCGAACCAUACAUGAGGAAUAUAGCUACACGUGAUGUUGUCUCGGGUCCGUUAAUGUCCUUUUCGGGCAUCGAAACGGUCGGGAACAUUUUACAUGUUUUGAAUACUACAGGACACAACGGGUUUCCGGUCAUCGACGAACCGCCUUUCACGGACUCACGAGAGUUGUGUGGACUCGUACUGAGGUCUUACUUACUAGUCUUACUAAAGGCGAAGAAUUUUACAAGAGAGAGGGUUUUCGCAAAUGCGAGUAUCUUAGAAAAUAUUUCCGUGUUGGAUUUUGGAAAGGCGGGGUCAGGAAAAGGGGUCAAAUUAGAAGAUUUAGAUAUCAAAGAGGAAGAUUUGGAUAUGUAUGUUGAUCUUCAUCCGAUAACCAAUACAUCGCCGUACACCGUGGUUGAGACGAUGUCACUUGCUAAAGCCGCUAUUAUUUUCCGUCAACAGGGACUCAGACACAUGUGUGUUGUUCCGAAGAGCCAAGAGAGACCUCCAAUCGUCGGGAUUCUGACGCGCCACGAUUUCAUGCCGGAACAUGUUUUGGGACUUUACCCCGAUAUCAAGCAUCGCAAAUGGCACUGAAGAAGGAAUCUCAAUGAAAGAAUAAUUCAUUCUUCAUGAUUUAAGUUCUGCAUUCAUUAGCUGCAUUGAGAUGAUGAAAGUUUUACAGUAUACAGUGAGUUGAAUAGUUCUUCACAGAAUCCUUGAAGCAAAACAAAAUGCUGCUAUGAGAUGCAGUUGCUGCAUAGUUUUGAGGGGGUGUAUUUAGCAACCGUGUAAGAUAUGUUUUGUUAUUUAUUAUUACUAUUUUUUCUUCAUGAAGUCAAUAUGAGUGCUUUUGAAACUAUAUAGGUAUGAGUCAACACCAAUAAGUGUUGGAGUAUACGGUCAAAAAAAUUUCUUGUUAUGUUGGUUGUUGAUUUUUUGGAAUGGUUUUGUAAAGACUUUUAUUUUUGUAUAAUGUUGUUAAUAUUUGGCAAAUGUAUUGGCAUUGUGAAUGUAAUAAGACUGUUAUACCAUUCAUAUACUA